AUGACUCCAGAGGACCAGCUCUACAGACGGAUGCAAGUCAAGGUCUUGUACUCCUUCGACAACAGUCCGACGGUGUUCUUGUCUCGUUCCAAAAACCAGUAUUCGGUGAAAGUCGCCCAGAUUCCAAUGCAACUGGCCACCGAAGAGGAGGCCCUAGUCACCCUAGGUGCCUUCGACCUUAAGAAUUGUGUUCAGCAAAUCCUCAAAUCGUCUCCGGAGCACUUUCGUCUUCAUGACCAAGACUACGCGGUUUACUAUAAAGACAUCACCGAGCAGCCUGACGAGCCCUUCGUGGCCAAUGGUGUCAUGUCCUCCUUGCUUUCGUCAGGUAAACAACACCUCGUGCCUGGCCGUGUCUGCCAAAACUUGCUGGCCUCCUUUUUGUUUGGCGAUAAGGCAAACUCCUCCUCGUUGACCUUGGAGAUUCGCCUCAAACUCAAUGUUAUUGAGAAGCACCCAGAGGAGCAACAACAACGCCCCAACCCGGAGAAGAUGAAGCUGGCCUCCCAGGCUUCUCCAUCAUACCCACAGCAGUCACAGCCGCCUGUGCGGAGAAGCAGGCCUGCCAAACAGCAAAUGGCCUCCUCAGCCGCCGUCAAGGCUACAAGGACGAAGUCACUUCCAAUCUUCUACCAUCCUCCUAAUCAGCAUAUUUCCAACAUCAUCAACGCCGAUAAGUCGAACGUACCGUCGCGUUACGAUAGCAAGAGCAUCCAGGAACGGUUCAGUCUGGCGCCGUUCAUGCUGGCCAAGAUCAUUGACAAACCUGCCAGAAAGAGACGGCGCUCCAACGUGCCAUUGACACCCACGGUCCAGACUCCAGUGGAUAACGGCUUACAACCCAUGCGAGCCAUGAAGACCCGGUCCAUGGUUAGUAAUGUUUUCCCUUCGCAUUCUAUGAUCAGCUCGCCAAUUCACGAGGAGCUCAUGUCCGAGGCCUCGGAUGAUACUGAAUAUCAAGAGAACAGCCGACCCAUAGAUGAAGAGGAUGAAGACGAGGAGGACUACAAUUCUCAAAACGACGCGUCGUCAUCCCCCUUUACGCCACAACAACCACCCUAUAAGCCCGGUCAACAGGAGAAAAAGCAUCAAUCCAACUCCAUAAUACCGAACAACGACCACUCCCAAUUUCAAUCACUUCCCGACACCGAAGAUCUCGAUAGCAAAAAGACUCACACUAUCCCGAGCACGAAGCUACCUCACGAUCACGAUCUCAUUUGCAUUAAUAGAAACUGCGCAGCGAAUGACUCCAUAACAUGGAGAUACUUCGAGACAAAGUUUCAUCCAAGCUAUUUGAACAUCCAGCGUGCUGAAAAGUUCGACAAGUCGCUCUACGAUGGUAUGUUUGGGCCCUUGUGUAAUGCUUGUUACCUUUUCCUCCGUAACAAGGGCUUCAUGCGCCCUGAAGCGGUCGUUAAGAAAUAUCUACAACAACAGAAGUAUAAAAAGGAGCUCAAACUCAAGGAGGACGCUACUCGUGACAAGUCUUCUCCCUUUUCCAGUGCUAUGAUGGAGCUCAACAAGUUUCCUACUCCUACGCAUGCUCCAUCGGCUAUAAAUGAAUUUAUCAAGAACCAGAAUAAUAAGGGUCAUGCUGGUGUCAACCUUAGCAAGCAACCAACGCCUCUGGCAAAUGGGCGUACGCCGACUGACGUGUCCGACUAUCAGGAUCUUAAUGAUUUCAUGAACCAGUUGAAUUCCUUUGGCGGUCCUCUUACGGAUAUCGACCUUCCACAAGACCUUCAGUCCAAUAGCAAAAAAGAAAGCACACCUCCAGCUAUGGCUACGAAGUCAAAUACUCGUGUCAUAAAUUUAUAUGAAGACGAAGACAAGGAAAAUCAACCGCCAACUGUUGAAGACGACAUUCACGAUUUUGACCAGAUGAUAAUGAAAUCCUUCAGUCUGCGGUCCAGUCCAGAUCACCAGGACUGGUCUCAGUUCUUUGGUGAGCCGACACCAAAGGAUGCAAACACACCAGGCGCCGUACUGCUGCGUACACCACUUGCUGACACCUCGAAUAACUCCAAUGCGCUCAGAAGGCCGCUGCCAAAGCUCGAUGGCCAGAAAGCUGCUGUAGUGAACAUGCCGUCAUCUCCGCUUUUGUCGAGCUAUGAUGAUCUGUCAAACAAAAGCAGAGACAUGCUCAACAAAAAUUCAUCUCCUGGGACUACAGCAGUCAGGAAUGAUACGACGAUGUCAUACGUACAAGGAUCCAAGUCGAGUCCCCAUAGUGAAAUUGGCAUGAUUGACGAGAAACAAAGCCUUCAAGGUUUGUGA